AUUCAGCACGAUCUAUUUUAAACGAUAAGUUUUUAAGUGAAAAAUAAUGUCUGUUAAGAUAAAUAAAAUUAACCCAAUUUCUAAACCUUUAACAAACGAGGAAAAAAAAUUUCUUUUGGCAGUUGAAAGAGGCGACAUGCCUAACGUUAGGAGAAUGCUUAAAUUUCACGUUUUCAACAUAAAUUGUAUGGAUAGUUUAGGAAGGACAGCUUUAACAUUAGCCAUCGAUGGUGAAAACUUAGAAAUGGUUGAAACUUUAGUUACAAACGGUGUAGAAACUCGAGAUGGUCUUUUACACGCUAUUAAUGUUGAAUUUGUCGAAGCUGUUGAACUACUUUUGGAUCACGAAGAAAAUGUUCAUAAAAAAGGAGAUGCUUAUAGUUGGCAAAAAGUUGAUUUAAACAUAGCAACAUUUACACCAGAUAUAACCCCGUUAAUUUUAGCGGCUCAUAGAAAUAAUUACGAAAUUUUAAAGUUAUUACUCGAUCGAGGAGCUUCCCUUCCAAUGCCGCACGAUAUAAAGUGUGGUUGUACGUCGUGUUUGAAAGAUUCGAAAGAAGACUCAUUGAGGCAUUCGUUAUCGAGAGUUAAUGAGUACAAAGCUUUAGCGAGUCCUUCUUUGAUCGCUUUAUCAUCGACGGAUCCAAUUUUAACCGCUUUUCAGUUAUCGUGGGAUUUAAGAAAUUUAGCUUUUGCAGAACCUGAAUGCAAAUUUGAGUAUUUAGAAUUAAGAAAGCAAUGUCAACAAUUCGCUGUUGAUUUAUUGCAUCAAAGUAGAAGUUCCGAAGAGUUAUCUAUAAUUUUAAAUCAUGACCCAAAUAAUUUAGGGUGUAAUAAUAAAGAUCAGAUGAAAUUGGCGCGAUUAGAACUUGCUAUAAGUCUUAAACAGAAAAAGUUUAUUGCUCAUCCGAAUAUCCAACAACUUUUAACAGCAAUUUGGUACGAAGGUGUUCCGGGAUUUCGUCGAAAAUCGACUUUGGAAAAAAUUUUGAUCAUCUUAAAAUUAUUUUAAUGCUUGCAUCUCAACGCGCCGAUAUUCGCUUUUUCAAAUUGUUCUACAUCAAUCAAGAAAUCGAAAAGAACCAAAGAGGAAA